AUCCAAACAAAUCAAAUCAAAUGGACUUCUCUAAGAACUUGCAAAUCUUCAUCACAACAUUUCUCAUUCUCCAAUAUUCUCACCUCACUCAACCCGCCACCCAAAACUCCGGCGACCUAUUCCGAGAAUACAUCGGAGCCGAAUUCAACGGCGUCACAUUCUCCGACGUCCCCAUAAACCCCAACGUCGAAUUCCACUUCAUCCUCGCCUUCGCCAUCGACUACACCACCUCCUCCCCAUCUCCCACCAACGGAAAAUUCAACGUUUUUUGGGACUCCGACAAUCUAAACCCAUCCUCAGUCUCUUCCAUCAAGAACCGACACCAAAACGUAAAGGUAGCCCUAAGCUUGGGCGGCGACAGCGUGGGUGAUGGCAGCGCCUAUUUCAACCCUUCUUCAAUCGAUUCAUGGGUUUCCAAUGCCGUCUCGUCCCUAACCGCGAUCAUACAACAGUAUAACCUUGACGGAAUUGAUAUCGAUUACGAGCAUUUCCAAGCCGAUCCAGAUACCUUCUCUGAAUGCAUUGGCCGCCUCAUUACUACUCUGAAGCAAAACAGAGUCAUUUCAUUCGCCUCAAUUGCUCCAUACGACGACGAUCAAGUUCAGACCCAUUACUUGGCGCUUUGGAAGAGAUAUGGGCAUGUUAUUGAUUAUGUCAAUUUCCAAUUCUAUGCUUACGAUUCGGGGACGACCGUGGAUCAGUUCAUGGGAUACUUUCAUACUCAAACCUCUAACUAUAAUGGGGGGAAGAUCAUGGCUAGCUUUGCUACCGACGGGAGCGGAGGGCUUUCCCCGAAACAUGGGUUCUUUACGGCUUGCAGUAGGCUCAAAAGUCAGCAACAAUUGGAUGGAAUAUUCGUUUGGUCUGCUGAUAAUUCCAUGGAAAAUGGAUUCCCAUACGAGAAACAGUCGCAGUCGCUUCUGGCCAUCCAACAUUAA